AUGUCUUCAUCGGAAAACGCUACGUCUACUAACUCCGACAACCAUGCGGUCCCCCGAGCGGAGCUUGAUAUCACCAAGCUCCAUGCGCUCCCCUCCGAACAACAGGACCUGUACCUCCUCACCUUCACCUCCGAUCUGGUUCAACACAUUUCCGGCCUCGAUAAGGCUCAAGUAUCGUCGCAGCAGAAGUUCUUGAAAAAGGAAUUGUUCAAGAUACUCACGCUUUCCUCGCCGACCAUCACGCGAGUCAUCCGCAAUAACCUGGGCAGGUGUUUCGGGGCAAUCUUCAGCAAGGGUGAUCGUGGCAUACUGUUUGAGACGGUUACCGAGUUAUUAGGGCUUCUUAAUACCGGCAAGAGCGAUGCGGAAUUAAAGACUAGGUUCGCUGUGGCCCAUUGUAUGGGCGAGGUCUUUGCGGUCGCCGGAGAAAGUGUCUUUGCGCAAUCAGGCGUUGUCGUUGCAAGCUUGCUCAAACUGCUCAAAGCGUCUAGCAACCAUACUGGAUGUCGUGGGUCAACCUUUGCCGCCCUGCGAAAGGUGGUGGUUGGCACUGGAGUUCCCGUGGACGAAGGAACUGCGCGCGACAUCUGGAAACAAGCUCGCAAUGCCGCAACCGGGGACAAAUCAACCUUCGUCCAAGUACAUGCCUGUCGCUGCCUGGAGCAGUUAGUAAACACGACACCAUACUUUGACAAUACGAACGACUUCGACUACCUGAAGACCUUGGUAUGGAAAGUCAUUGACAGCCCAGUGGCCCCGGUCAGACACGCGGCCGCGGCCUGCUUGGCUCGUGCGCUGGCUAAGUUGCAUGCUACCGAUACCCCGAUCAUCUCGGUCCCGAAGUCGAAGAAAGCAAAGAGAUUAUCAAAGAAGCCGACUGCUAAACCUGGAGAGGAUGAAGAAGAGGCCGAAAUCUCAGAGUCCUCUGCUCCCAAGAAGGCAGAGCCACGUUUGUUCUUCCUCCUUCCUGACCUUCUUCGUCAGCUGUCUGCGCAGUAUUUACGGAGCACAACUUCCAACCGGGCCCGCGCAGGUAUUGCCAUCUGCUACAAGCAUGUUCUGCGGAUCCUUGGGGAUAAGAUCAUUGAGGAACGUUACGGCCAAAUCGCGAAUCAUCUGCUGUUUGAUAUUCUGAACCACCCCACGGUCACUUACAACCGAUUUAGACUCCUUAUGACCAGAAAGUAUGUCAAAAGUGUCCUUGAGGAUACUGUUGGCCGCGAAUCACUCCGGGAGACUAGUCAGCUCAAUGCGGCCAAGUGGCUUAUCAAUGAUGUUCUCAAGGAUUAUCCUCAAGUAAUCCAGGAACGCCGUGAGCCGAGCAAACAUUCCCUCACGAGCGCCUUAAGUGCACUGUCUUCUCUGAUUGAGUCGCUUGGUUCUGCUUUCGGUACCCUGGCGGAACCGUGUCGCGAAGCUCUGCUCCAAGUGCUACCGCAUCCUAGCUAUACUGUCCAGAUCCAUACAGCUCAAUGCUUACGCAACUUCGUUCUUGCGUGUCCGCACCAGUUGUUGUCCUGUGUCACUAUUUGCCUCAACAGCCUGAACCGAGAAGUGGGACAGUUGUCAACCCCCCGACAGUCCCCGCGUCGCUGCAUCGGUUAUGCCAAUGGACUCUCUGCUAUGCUAAGUACAUCUCGGCUGCAGCCUCUUUACGGCUCAGUAGAGGUGUUCUCGCGUGUCUUCACCCAGGCGACCGAUCUCCUGAAGACUAGUAGCAACUCGGAAUUACGUGCCGCCAGUACACAGAUUCAAGUUGCUUGGAUCCUAAUCGGAGGGUUGAUGCCACUUGGCCCUAGUUUCGUGAAGAUUCAUCUCUCUCAAUUAUCGCUACUAUGGAAGAAUGCGCUUCCCAAACACCUCAGCCAAGAAAAUUCUGGCAAACGCGGUAUAUUGGAAUUGAGUUUCCUUGCGCAUGUGAGGGAAUGCGCUUUGAGUUCGUUGUUGGUGUUCAUGGAGUUCAACAGCAGACUAAUAACUGCCGACGGCGCCAAGAGAAUCGCCAUUAUGCUUCAAAACACAGUUGAAUUCCUGGACGAUCUGCCCCGACAAAAGACUGCCAACGAACUGUCGCAGCGACUUCACCCAUCAUUGCAGCUUCAUGAUAUCGAAACCAUGGUCCGGCGCCGUGUUCUGCAGUGCUUUACUAAGCUACUCCGGGUUCAUCCUGUUAGCCAUGCCGAUGUCAUUUCUCAGUCUAGUCUAUUGAGCUUGGCCAUCUCCUCGUUUGCUGACCCCGAUGCGGCCCAGGCUGGUCCAUUGGAGAGCUCAAUCGCGGCAUCUACCGCGCAGUUCGAGACUUUGUGGGAUCUAUGUGACAACUAUGGCUUCGGAAUGACAGGCCUGGCGAGAGAGUACGUGCGUGUCACCCUUACUGGCAAGCAUGGUACCGAUAACGGACCUGCUUGGUCGGCCGUUGAUUCAGCGGAUCAGGCUGUGGAUGAAGCUUUGACUUUCCCUAUAUGCCAAGCAAGCGAACAUGAUUCUCUACUUUUGUACUCGAGGAGGGAAGAAGAUUCUUCUCUGGCCGACCCCCAUUCCACUGGUGUUGUGAAUGCUGCCAUUGAGCUAUUCUCUGUCGCGAUCCCCCUGCACACCCCAAGGGUCCAGGAAGGUAGCGUAGAACAAAUUGCAACCUUCCUCUCAUCCACCAGUCUCCAGCGUAAUCCCGGGCGCAAGGCUGCUAUGGUCGUCAAUAUCGCUGUGGCACUACUACAUGCUCUCAAAGUCUCCGUGAAAGAGACCGGUUUCACAUCUGGGAAGCUCAAUCCAGCAACUGAUAAGGUGUUGCAGGAACUUGUUCAGAAAUUCGUAACCGAUGCUGAUUUGACUGUCCGCACAAUCGGAGUUGAGGCACUCGGACGUCUUUGUGAGAGCUCUGGGACCGCUUUCACCAAUACACAGAUCAACUGGCUGGUCGACACGAUUGUGGAGAACCGCGAGCCCAAUACCCGUGCUGGCUGUGCUGCUGCCUUGGGUUGCAUUCAUUCCCAAGUUGGUGGUAUGGCAGCUGGUCUGCAUCUUAAGACCAUCGUGGGCGUUCUGAUGUCCCUGUGUAGCGACCCUCAUCCUGUCGUCCACUUCUGGGCUCUUGGUGGUCUCGAAAGAGUUGCCAACUCUGCCGGACUGACCUUUUCGCCCUUCGUAUCAAGCUCCCUCGGAAUGCUGGCCCAGCUAUACAACGCGGACACUCACAAUGAAGAGGCGGCAGCUUUAGCGACCUCCAACAUCGAAAUGUCCUUCCUCACCCCUGUCGUGAUCAGCCGCUGUGUUGACUCCCUUAUCAAUGUUCUCGGACCGGAUCUUCAGGACAUUGCUAAAACACGAAACCUCAUUCUUACUCUCCUUCGUCAAUUCCAGCUAGAGGACAAUUCUGCUCUAGUCACUGAAAGCUCUAAAUGCUUGGAUCAUCUCUCCCUGUAUGCGCCGGGCUACGUUGACUUUUCUGGAUACGUAAAGCGCUUGCAGAAUGAGCUCAGCGCUGGCAAUCCAUUGAUGAGAGAUGUGGCUAUUCGGGGGUUGAGUAAUCUCAUGAAGCGUGACGCCGGAGCUGUGCUCCGCACUGCCACUCCGACCCUCGAAGAGGAAAUCUGGCUUGCAUUCGAUGAUACUCCAGACUGCCCAAUACUCAGAAGCAUGAUCCAGGAUUGGCUGCAACAGACGGCCCUCGUGGAGACGGAGUUAUGGAUACAGCGCUGCCACAACACGCUGACCAAGACUCGUGUUAAGGUCGAAGAUAUCCCAUUAACAUCUGCAAUCAGACCUGCUGGAAAUGACAUGCCAGAUGAUGAAGUUGCAGGGUUUGCGUCCGCAAUUGCGGGUGCUGGUCAGACAGAAGAGGCAAAUGGCGCUGUCUCUAGUCAGGAGCUUCUCAAGUGGCAGACCCGGAAUUUCGUCAUGAGCUGUCUUAGCGAGCUUUUGGCACUUGUACAAGAGGCAAUUCUGCCCGAUCAGACCAUCCCUGCCGAGCUUGCGCUGCAGCAGAAGGUUGGAGAUAUCGUCCGAAUGGCUUUCUCAGCAUCCACUGCCAAUGUAAUUGAACUUCGAGUCUGGGGAUUGCGGAUUAUCGAUCAAGUUCUCAAAAUGUUUGGCAAGACACCCGAUCCAGACUUCACCGAGGCAUCCCUUCUGGAACAGUACCAAGCCCAAAUCGGAUCGGCUCUGACCCCUGCGUUUGCUGCCGACUCGUCUGCGGAAUUAGCAUCAGAGGCUAUCAAUGUCUCUGCGACAUUCAUUGCUACCGGGAUUGUGACCAAUGUUGAUCGAAUGGGUAGAAUCCUGAAGCUCCUGGUUCUUGGCCUUGAGAACUUUUCUAAAAACCUUGACACCACCGAGAUUGGUGACCUCAAAGGUCUCAACCCGAAUGCUAGGGUUAUGGUCAAGAUGGCCUUGUAUUCUGCCUGGGCACGGCUCCAGAUUGCUAGUAUUGAGCAGGACUACCUGAACCAAGUCGUUCAACCGUAUCUCACGAAGCUCACUCCGCUAUGGUUGUCUUCGCUCCAGGAAUAUGCCCGGCUGCGUUUCGAGCCGGAUAUCUCAGGCAGCUUGGGUACUGGCCCUAUGAGUGGGGAUUUGGACGAGGUAUACGCGGCAUUGAAUCGGGAGACUCUCUUGAAGUUUUACCAAGACUCCUGGUUGAACCUUGUCGACGCUAUUGCUGGUCUGGUCGAAAAGGACAUCGACUUUGUCUUUGACGCAUUGGACGGCAAGUCGGAGUUGGAAGAAUCCGAGAAGACACAAAAGGAUGACGAGCAGAAAUCCAGCGAUGAGCCAAAGGGCAAGGGUGACAACAUCAACUAUCGUGAUGAGCCUGUUGCGUUCUUUUUCGUUCUCUUUGGUCUGGCAUUUGAAGCUCUCGUUGACCAGUCUACAACCCCAUCCCAGAGAUUGGAGAUUCUUCAGGCUCUUAAGAGAAUCUUGAGGCCGGUCAUCUCGGGUAAUGCGAUCUAUCAAGAUGCUAUCUUUUCGGAGACUAUGGACUCUCUGGACCGUCUCGCGUUGACCGAAACAACCCCCAUUCAAAAUGUCAUCGUGGAGAUCGCACGAAACCUGUCUUUGGACCAUCCUUCUGCCAAGGACAGCGAGGGCCGAGACGAUCAUCUGUCCGAUGACAUCGAACAGCUUUUCGAGCUAACAAGGAGCAUAAUUCUCGUGCUCGCAGGGCUCCUGCCUAAUCUUCGCGAGUCCACACCUCUUGCACGAUUCAACGUUGGAUCGGAUGAUGCCUUGUCCCUCAUCCGGCUUGCGCUCUCAUCGCUGGUUAACGUCGCUUCGAUCUUCCCCUCAAUUAUCCGCAAUGACCUCAACGCAUGCAUUCUACACAUCUUCAGCACUAUCUUGGCGACAGGGCUGUGCCAGGCAGAGGUUGUGCCCCAGGCGCUUCCGACUUUCAAACACUUCAUCAGCAGCGUAGCGAACUCUCCCGAAGUCAGUCCAGAACACCCGGAGAAUCUUGGUGUUGUCUCUCGCCAGUUGCGUGGUUGUCUUACACGCUUCCUCACUACCCUAACUUUUGCGCAACGACGAGAGUCCGAAUCCUCCCUCCCCUGCGCGAAGAACACGCUCCUCGCCAUUGCCAUUCUACUAACGAGCGGCGGACACAUUAUUCCACCUCAAGAUCCUGUCAUCUUCCGAGUCCUGGACGAACUCCUAGACUGUCUUCAGGAUGUCGGUCUUGCCAACGUUGCCGCCGGUUGCAUUCGCUCCAUUCUCCUGACCUCGAACCCGAGAUCACCUACCAGCGAAGUCAUCGCCCGCUACCUGUUACCCCGACUCAUUGCCUUCUACGUCGGCUGUCCCACAGACAAUGGCGACGUCCCCAGCGACCCCGAAAACUCCAAGACCGUCAUUGCGCGCACGCUCGUCGCAUGUGUCAGCAAUGCAGUUUUCCCUGCACACGAGAUGCCUACCGCCAUCUCCCUAAUCAUGUCAACGCUACUUUCUCGCGCGAAGCGUGACGGACAGGCCGUCUACCAGGAAACCGCCGUUCAUCUGCUGGAACUGGCCAAGGCCAAUCAGCUCGUAUUCCGAGCGCUCGUGGCUACCAUGAGUCCGGACCAGAAGACACGACUCGAGGAAAUCCUCCGCAGUGCGGAAGUCGGUUCGGGAGCCACCAAACAUUCCCGCGAGAGCACGCAGUCCAGCAGUGAACAGCAAGCCAUGCCUAGUAUUGCGCUGAGGUUCGACUUUUAG